GCUACCAGCUGUCCGUCGUUGCUGUCUCUCGCAGCUCUUGAGAAGCUGACUGGGUGCCUGAGGACUCUCACACACAAGUCCAUACCAUAGCUCCGAGCUAGAUAGGAGUCAUAAUUGCCAAAGCCGCGUUUCUCGCCCGCCUGAGUCGUGCGUGUACCCGAUCUCAAUCCGAACAGCUUGAAAUCCUCACAGUCACGGUUUCAAAACAUGGGAACUCUAAAUCCGGCGAUCGCGCAGCAUACGUUGGAAUCCAGAGCUCGCGUUUCAAGGCAACCCCUUUCCGAGGCUACUGAACCGCGCUCCGCAAUGCACAACACAGCCCGACAUUGCAGAAGCAGCCGAAGCAGCCCGUCCAACGUCCCUUCCACACUCCCUUCCAGAAUCACUUCCACACUCCCUUCCAGACUCCCUUCCGGACGCCAUCGAGUAUGUCCAGCCUUGUCGUCGGUGCUUCUUCACUUCGUCGUCGGCUCGCUGGCCGUCCUCAGCGACCUCGCGCCCGUCGACUCCAUGGGCAUCGGAGGGGGCUUCAAGAACACCAAGAAGCGGCCGGCAAAGGGAUCGGUGGCGGCGUUCCCCACGUACGGAGACAGCGACGCGACGCUGGUGCUGCACGGCCCCAUGAGCUCCUUCAACACGCUCGCCAAGGUCGCGCUCUACAACGAAACGUCCAAGAAACUCGACUAUGUCACCAGGCCGUUCAGGACGCAUGUGUACUACGUGCCGCUGACGGUCGGGUCGCGGCAGCAGCGGUUCCUGGCGCAGGUGGACCUGCUCUUCUCCGCGCUCUGGGUGCCCUGCGACUGCAUCAAGUGCGGCAAGGGCCGCCCGCAGGUGCCAAGGAAUCCCCCUUUCAGCACGCUUUCCUCCUACUCCCUCCAGUACCUCUCCUGCUCCGACCCUCGCUGCGUGUCUGUUGGGCUCCUGGGCUUAGAGCCGCCCCUCGUGGGGUGCAACGACCCCGACAAAGUCAACCCCUAUGUGAACACUUCCUUGAUUCCGGGCAAUGACCCCCUCUGUGUGUAUACGACGCCGCUAGGCGACGCGGGCCCUGAUCCCAGCUAUGACUUCUUUGACUUAGACAACACCACGAUUCUGUACGCCAACGCCAGUGAUCCGGCUAUCGGGCCUCUUAACUCCGUCGGUCAUGUUGUAGCGGAUACUCUCUUCUUUCCCGGAGAUCCUGCCACCGCCGCAGCAGUAUCUGCCGUGGAUGCUGCAGCAGAUGCCGCAGCGGCAGCAGGGGCUGGGGGUGCAGGUGGCUCUGCUGCUGCUGCUGCUGCAGCAGCACCACCACCGGUCCCGCCUCUGUCGAACCGGACCAUCUUCUUUGGGUGCGGGGCAACGCAGUCAGGGUGGUGGGGGCAGGACAGCACGUGGGCGCCCAAUGGGGUGGUGGGACUCGGCCCGUUCAGCCCGCUGCUCAACCAGCUGGCCAACGAAACCCUGUCGUUUGCCAUGUGCCUGGAGAAGCCGAGGGAGAGGGUGGAGAAUCUAACGCGGUGGAAUGAGACGGAGGGCAAGUGGGUGGUGGUGCCGCAAGUGAAGUUCGACGGGGGGAGCCAUCUCAUGGUGGGGCCGGUGGACUUCCCCGCUAACGCCAGCAGCACGACCAUCUUUCCAAUAGAUGACUUUUACUUCCCGGUCACGUACAGCAACAGCAACUACACCAUGGGGGGCAAGCUGCUGCAGAACCAGUGGUUCAAAGUGACGGAGCACGAUUUCAACGUGGUCGUCUUCUCCUCCACGCUCUUCACUCACUUCCUCCGCCCAGACCUCGUCAAGGACAUCCUCGCUGCGCUCGGCUAUGCCAAAGCCUUUGCAGACAUAAAUACGGACAACACCACCCUUGCGUGCUUUCAGAGCAAGAAGGACCCCUUCACAACCUUCCCCAGCAUCCACAUUGGAUUUGCGGAGGGCUCGGAGUUCGCCAUUCCAGCUUCCGGCUACGUUACCAAAGUGGGCACCGACGAGUACUGCUUCUUGUUUAAGUUGUUUGAUUAUUUCGACAUCUGGGCAGCCCCCGCGCUGUACGACAAGCAGAUCUACAUCAACUACCGCAACUUUACCUUGGCCUGGAUCGACACACCACAAUGUUCCAAGAACCUUUCGUUUGUUCCCCCACUGCCCUCUCCUCCUCCGCCUGCUCCUACUUCGAGCAACCCUGGUGUGCGCCUGGUUCCUCUCUCCUCCAUAUCCUGGCGCCUGCUCUUGUCUGCCAUGACAGCAGCUCUCCUGCUGCACCUGCUGCUACAUGCUUGAAGCAGCAGCCGUUUUUGGCUUGGUGCUAUGAUCAGCGGGCGUUUGGAUAGUGUAGGAGAGGAAAAGAAUGAAUGAAAUGAGAGGAGGCAAGAGGAGGAAGAGUAGGUGGUGGCUACGAGUUCAUCUCGCUUCGUAGGCAAUACAAGGCAUCUAGGGCACCACCCCACCAUAUGUGUACGCCACCAGACGAAUGAAUUCUGACUGACAAGUUGGUUCACGCAUGUGUCAACUUAUACAUAUUAUCUAUGUAGAAGUUAUAGGCUAGACUGAGGUAUGCUUCUAGUGAGUACAACCAACUAGUAUUUGUUCUAGGUUUCCACCUCUUGUAAUCAUUCGUUUCUACGUUAACA